GACCAUGCAUGAGAUUUCUCGCACUGCUUUAUUGGCCUUUCUGCAGUGUGUGGUGGCACACAUUGCAAGAGGGGAUGAUCAACCGGCGAAAAUCGGAGAAGGGAUUACAGUAAACGCCUCUAUCUUCUACGACAGUCGGUACCUUAAGAAAUUUGAGGAAAGAGUCAAGGGUACGAACAUAACGGAGUACUUAACCAAGUUAGCCCAUCAGGCUGAACAACAUUUUCAUAACGAGUCAGUAAUGAUAAAAAUCAGCGUGAGCAGUAUAAUGAAGAAGGAGGAUUGGCUGGUAUUUUAUGACAAUAAAUCCAUUAAUGGGCCCGAAACAUUAAAGAAUAUGACGAAAUACGCACAAUCAUUAGACGUGUCGAAUACCACUAUUUUAUAUCAUGCUUCAGGAGGAAACGCUGACCUGUGCCUGUCCCUGGACCUGGAAGAGCUGUCUGGAGUAGCUGUGCAGCAUUACGCCCAAAGCCUCGACGGACAUGCCGGGGAAAGUAUGCCUGAAGAGUUUCCCGGCCAUGACCCACACGCUGGCCCAUGUGUCCAACUCCAUGGAAAUGGGGUGCACGCAGCUUUGACGGUCAGUAUGUACGGCGGCACAGGCGACGGUACAAGGCUUGUGUGCCACAAGUCGAAAAUCGCCGAACGGGUGGUGCAAACCAUCAAGGACAAGCUCAAGAAGAGCCAGACCGGUGAUUUCCGGACGCAGACUGCCUGGAUACUCUUUCAGUACUGGACCACGCCCUACGAUGUCACUGGCCGCGCCACCUAUGAUCAACCGGCGAAAAUCGGAGAAGGGAUUACAGUAAACGCCUCUAUCUUCUACGACAGUCGGUACCUUAAGAAAUUUGAUGAAAGAGUCAAGGGUACGAACAUAACGGAGUACUUAACCAAGUUAGCCCAUCAGGCUGAACAACAUUUUCAUAACGAGUCAGUAAUGAUAAAAAUCAGCGUGAGCAGUAUAAUGAAGAAGGAGGAUUGGCUGGUAUUUUAUGACAAUAAAUCCAUUAAUGGGCCCGAAACAUUAAAGAAUAUGACGAAAUACGCACAAUCAUUAGGCGUGUCGAAUAACACUAUUUUAUAUCAUGCUUCAGGAUACUCUAUAUAUUCAGUGGAUAUUGGGCAGAAGAAUCGCUAUCCCUUGUCAGACGUCUCCACAAACGGGACAUUUUGCAAAGGGCCAAGCGCGGUGAUAUUUGUGGAGUUUCAAGGACAGUAUAAUCCACGCAGCAUGGUGAAAGGAACAGCGGGCACGUUUGGUGUGGAGAAGGUCUAUUUUAAUGAUGAAGACUUAAAAACUAUGAACGCUACAUUUGCGAACUGCAAACAAGGAAAGAGGCGAAGAAGAAAAGGACAAGGAAACAAAGGAAAAGGAAACAAAGGAAAAGGAAAAGGAAAGAAUGGGAAAGGUAGAAAGAAAGACAAGCCACAAUAGAAAAGGCCGGGCCAAAA